UAAUUAGGAAUAAAAAAAAUAUCGAAUGAGGAAAAAAAUUCUUCACAUUCAAAAUGGCUUCCUCAAUAUGCCGAUUCGGAAGGAGGUUGAUUGCCGCAAAGCAAGGAUUUCAACCAUAUGUAAGAGUUGCUGCAGCCACUUGUAAUCAAUUACUUAAUGGACAACAGCGUAGAAAUUUGUCUCUUCAUGAAUAUCUAAGUUUCAAUCUGCUACAAGAAGCAGGUGUGCCAAUCCCAGGUGCUAAGGUAGCGAUGACACCUGAUGAGGCAUACCAAGCAGCAAAAGACCUAGGAGGAAAUGAUGUAGUAAUCAAAGCACAAGUCCUGGCCGGAGGAAGGGGGAAAGGUCACUUUGAAAGUGGUCUUAAAGGAGGUGUCAAGUUAGCUUUUUCACCAACAGAAGUUCGUGAAAUUGCAUCACAGAUGAUUGGCAACAAGUUAAUAACCAAACAAACAGGAGCUGCUGGCAGGCCAUGUAAUUCAGUUUUGGUUUGUGAGAGAAUGUAUUCAAGACGUGAAUAUUACUUUGCAAUUACAUUAGAUAGAUCAUAUAUGGGACCUGUAAUUAUUGCAAGUUCACAGGGUGGAGUGAAUAUUGAAGAAAUAGCUCAAGAAAGUCCAGAUUCUAUUGUCAAACAAGGCAUUGAUAUCAAAGAAGGGUUGACAAAAGAGACAGCAAUAGAUGUAGCAAAGAAGAUUGGCUUUUCAGAUGGCUGUGUUGCAGAGGCUGCUGACACCUUUAUUAAACUGUAUGAACUGUUGAUUAAGUAUGAUGCAACAAUGCUGGAAAUUAACCCACUGUAAACCAUUAAUCUAUUUUCAGUUUUAUGCAUGGACUGUAAGAUCAACUUUGAUGACAAUGCAUCAUACAGACAAAAAGACAUCCAUGCUCUGAGAGACCAGGCUCAAGAAGAUCCUAGAGAGGUGGAGGCAUCCAAGUCAAACCUCAAUUACAUACAGCUUGAUGGCACAAUAGGUUGUCUUGUAAAUGGUGCUGGUUUAGCUAUGUCUACAAUGGACAUCAUCAAAUUGCAUGGUGGAGCCCCAGCUAACUUUUUAGAUGUUGGGGGAGGAGCUACAAAAGACCAGGUGAAGGAAGCCUUCAAGCUCAUCACCUCAGAUCCCAAUGUGAAUGCAAUUCUGGUUAAUAUCUUUGGUGGCAUCAUGCGAUGUGAUGUGAUUGCUCAAGGCAUUAUUGCAGCAGCCAGCGACCUCAGUCUUAAAAUGCCUAUUGUCUGCCGGUUACAAGGAACUCAAGUUGAAGAUGCUAAGGCAUUAAUUGCCGCUAGUGAAAUGAAAAUUAUUGCUUGCAAUGAUCUUGAAGAAGCAGCAAAAAUGGUUGUUAAAUUGUCUGCGAUUGUGGAGUUAGCAAAACAAGCAUCCAUAGAUGUUCAAUUUGAGCUGCCGUUGUAAUCCAAAAUAAAAAUAAUUAAAAAUAUUAUUAAUGCAAAAAGAUGGACUGUUAUUUUUUAUUUCAUUUCAAAACGUGUAUAUACUGUAGGUAUUAAAAAGUACAAAUUUUUGUUUAUUAAUCCAACAUUGUUGUACAGACUGUCAAUUAUUACAAGUUCAAAGUUCAAAACGCAACAUAAUUUAAAAUAUUAAAACUGAAUAUGGUGGUGUUGUAGGCAUAGUUUGUUAUAUAUUUAUGUGUACUUGUUCAAACUUUAACUUAAAAUGAAAUUAAGAUGCUAAUAUUAAUGUGUAAUGAAAGAAAACAAAUCAUCAGACGCUGUCUCAGUUGACAGUUUUAAAGAAUAAAAAUGAAUUUCUAAUGAGUA